GUCAUUGUGAAAUGGACGCGUCAAGGUCCAUCGCAAUGUGAAUUUGAAAUUGUUUAAUUAUAUAUUUUAACUGUAUAUAAUUAAUAAAUUAUUUCAAAUCUUCUCUAAUUUAAAUACGACAAGAUUUUGAAUCUUAAUUUAAGUACGGGAUAUAUGAUCUACGUUGCGAUUCCAGAAUCGUACACCCUUUGGUUUCUGCAAAAUGAUAACUUUACAACAUUAGAUCAAAAGGAGAUUAUCUUUAGGAGUAUUUAAAGAUAUUAAAAUGGCUACAAAAUAUCAAAGUGUUCAAGCCAAUGCCCAAGCGCAGCUAGUGCAAUGGAUAAACGAUGCUGGCUUAUCAGAAGGCACAAAAAGGGCGAAUUUAUUAAGAAAAAUCAUAGAGGUUAUGAUACACCAGGCACCACAAAGCAUUCCUACUUAUAUAGAAAAUGUUCUAAGUUUUGUCAGUGACAAAUCUACUGAUGUGAAAAAGCAGGUUGUUGCUUUCAUUGAAGAGUUAAGCAAACAAUAUCCAGAGUAUCUGCCAAAGAUUAUUGGACAAUUACAAAUGUUAGUAAUAGACUCCGUGAUAGCGGUACAGAAGCGAGCAAUACAAGCGGCCAGUAUCGCGUACCGGAAUGUUCUAAUAUGGCUGUGUAAAAGCAAUGCAGAUAUACAAGAAAUGCAACAUGUUUGGGAACAUCUUAAUAAAUUAAAGUUGUUGAUAUUAAAUAUGAUAGACAGUGAGAAUGAGGGUAUAAGAACUCACUCCAUAAAGUUCCUGGAGGAGGUGGUUCUGCUGCAGAGCUCCAGCGAGGAUUCCGAAGAUGAAUUCACACUGGAUAAGCUACCCGCUCACUUACCAUUCUUGAAACGACAUGCUUUGGAAGAGGAGGCUGAGCAUAUAUUUCAGCUGUUACUGAAAUUUCACAACUCACAACACAUAUCCAGUGUUAACUUAAUGGCUUGUAUGACCACAUUAUGUCUUCUAGCUAAGUUACGAUCUAAGUUCAUGCCACGUGUUGUCCAAGCGUUAGGCGACCUACACACAACUUUGCCACCAACUCUCUCACAAUCACAAGUCAAUUCUGUACGAAAACAUUUGAAAAUGCUCCUCUUAAACCUAAUCAGACAUCCAUCUUCUAAUGAUAUGCUUCCAAGCUUGACACAACUGCUCUCAGAUAUCGGUAUGACACCUCAAGAGAUAAACAAAGCGGUACCAAAAGAUAGAAGGAAUAAACGCCUUAGUGAAAUUAAAUCAGACGAUAAUCCAGCUAAGAGAUUCCGUAUCGAUUCACCACAAAGUAAUAGUCAAGGUAGUGACAGUAAUAGUCGCGGGGAAUUUGUCUACGAGGACGAUAGCAGUCAACACAGUAUUAGUGUUAGUAAAGUUUUAGCUACAGAAGACUCUAUCUUCGAAGGUCUGAAUAAUAUUGACUGCGUUGUUAAUCUUAUCAUGUCAACACUCCUGAAUCAUCUCCCACCAACAAUGCCCAAUGACUUUAUAACAGUCUACAAACCUAUACCAAAUUCAGGUACUAAUACACAGAAGAAAAGUCUAGCCAGAAUGAUGCUAGCUUUGAUUAGAGAUGAACCAAUGCCCACCACUCCAACUCCCACUCAAUCUAUCCCAUCUUUACUAUCUGAUACUUCAACUAAAAUACCAUUACUAAGAGAUGAUGAUGAAAAAGUAACUUUAAAGAACGCGGUCGCUAAACUUCAAGAAUCAGCGAAAGCAGAAAGAGAAAUGGAGACAGCGGUAUCAAAAUUAAUGGAGGAAACAAGACAAGAGCAUAUAAAAGCGGAGGAAAGGAAGACUAAAGAGAAAGAAAAAUUGGUAGCACCACCUACUCCGUCUAUACCUAAAUUAAAACAAAAAGUUAAAUUAUUAAAACUACAAGAACUAACAAGACCAAUACCGAAAGAUAUUAAAGAGAAACUGAUGUUACAAGCCGUAGAAAGGAUAUUAAGAGCCGAACAAGAUUGUAUUAUUGGUGGUGCUGAACAAAUACGUUCAAAAUUCAUAACAAUUUUUGCAUCAAGUUAUACUUCUGAUAUAAGAGACUUGGUACUCAGUUAUAUUCUAGAAGAUCCUGUGAAUAGAAUGGAUUUAGCUUUAUCAUGGUUGUAUGAAGAGUAUUCUAUAAUGCAAGGAUUCAAUCGUCAUCCGUUAACUUUGAAGAAUGUUAAUGAAAAGCAUGAUCAGAAUUACAAUCAACUUCUAUGUGCUUUGAUAACUCAAGUAUGCGAAAGAGGGGACCCUUUGAUGGAAAAUAAUAAGGAUGUCCUGAUGAGAAAAAUAUAUUUAGAGUCUCCGGUUGUGACUGAGGAAGCUAUCGAUUAUUUGAGACAUUUAGUGAGUGAAGACAAGAUGGCGCUAUUGGCUUUAGAUUUGUUAGAGGAAUUGUGUUUGAUGCGUCCACCAAGAGCUCAUAAAUAUGUCGCCUCGUUAGUGCCACAUGUCUUGAGUGAUAACGAAGAAAUCCGCGAAGUAGCGCUUAAAUCUUCACUGAAAAUAUACAAAAACAGCACGGAUUCCGCCCGACGUGUUAUAGAGAAGAGUGCACUUCUCCACCUUGGCUUCAUUACCCUGUCCACGCCGCCGGAGAUCAUCAGUCCGCGACACGCCAGGGUGUGGACUGAUGAACAGUACAAACUGUGUUUGAGCCUCGUCAUAGCGCUCUUCCCUGAGAAAGAAGGUAAGUACAGAAAUAGAAAGUUUCCUAGUGAGCAAAAUCCCGCCUUCAGUCUAUUACUUGACGAGUGUCCUCGCGGCGCAGAGACUCUCCUCACCAGGCUCGUACAUAUACUUACUGAGAAAACACCCCCCACACCGGAGCUGGUGUCGAAGGUGCGGGAAUUGUACGCGACUCGCGUCUCCGACGUACGUUUCCUGAUACCCGUACUCACGGGACUCACUAAAAAAGAGAUUUUAGCGGCUCUACCGAAGCUGAUAAAAUUGAACCCGGCCGUGGUUAGGGAAGUGUUCAACAAACUGCUGGGACUUCAGAACUCUCCUGACGAAGAACCACCAGUUUCGCCUCAGGAUCUUUUAGUGGAAUUGCACCUUAUAGACCCGAGUAAAGCCGACCUCAAAUACAUCAUCAAAGCGACAGCCAUUUGCUUCGCUGAGAAAAACACGUACACGCAAGACGUGGUGUCGGCGGUGCUGCAGCGGCUGGCGGAGGAGCGCGAGAUCCCGGUGCUGAUGAUGCGCAGCGUGCUGCAGGCGCUCACGCUGCACCCCGCGCUGGCCGCGCUCGCCACGCACAUCCUCAGCCUGCUCAUUGACAAGGAGGUGUGGUGUCACAAAGUGGCAUGGGAGGGGUGGGUGAAGUGCUGCUUGCGGCUGCAGGCGCUGGGCAGCGCGGGCGUGGCGCCGCUGCUGGCCGCGCUGCCGCCCGCCGCGCUCGCCGCGCUGCCCGCGCCGCUGCACCAGCUCGCCAUGGAGCCUAUAGCUGGCAACCCCAUAGAGCCGCUGCCGCCCGGCAUGGAAUGACGAAUGCCUCACUGCGACUACCCGCACUCCGAGCACUGGCCACAAUACUUCUCUCAACAUAAUUGAUUAAUAAAAUGUUAAUAAAUAAAUUGGUUA